CUCGUAGGGGUAUAUAAAAUCAACCCAGUUUUCACGAGCAGGUGGAGGACAAGUUGACUUUGCACACAAGCUCGAACUAAGGACUGGAGAUGCUUCCCUUUCUGUGCCUCGUCAUCCUCUGCGGUGUGCUGACCCAGAAUGCCCAAGGAUAUGACAACCCUCUAGCCAUCGCGAGCUUGAGCCCUCAACUGCUGCAACAGUUGAUUUCGCACCGGAUGAACACUCAAGAACUGAAGGAUCGCCUCCAAGGCUUGCCCCUUGAAGACGUGAUAAAAAAGGGUGCCAGAGAAGGCAACAGAGGGGGAGGUUUUCUCUCAGGGAUUCCUCUCCUGGGGGGAUUGUUAAACAACGUGAUUGGCAACAUCUUAGGGGUGAAGAUCAACAACGUGGAGCUUCUCAAACUUAACAUCGGAUUUGAUGAGAGAGAAGCGAAGAUUAUUGUGACCAUCCCGGCCGAUAUAGAGCUCGAGUUGAAGCUCCCACUCAACCUAUUCAGCAGGCUUCUUCACCUGAAGUUGUACCUGGACAUUCAAGUCGGCGUCCGGGUAGACAGAGAUCCUUCAACUGGUCAUGUUAGACUGAUUAUUGGAAAUUGCCACAACACACCGGGUCACCUUCGCAUCACAGUCCUCGACAAUGCCAAUUUUGUCGUACGAACAGUCAACAACGUGGUCAAACUGGUGACAGACGUCUUGGAGAAGACACUCCCCCACCUCCUGCAGAAAGAACUCUGCCCACUUGUGAAUGGUGUAGUGCAAAACGUGCUGGAUUUACUGCAAGGUGCCUUCAACUCAGAAAUGCACGGAGAAAGAGUCCAGUUUUUGCCCGAGUCUUUCGAUGUUCACGAUGGCAGCUUCAAUCUUGCUUAUCAAGGUCUGAUGCAGCGGCCUGGAGGACAGAGAGAGGUGAUCCGCCCGGACUCCGUUCCCCUUUCAGCUGUGCCCCUGGAAGGAUCCUCCAUGAACAUGGUCCUGAGCAGCAACUACCUCUCCUCCGCCGUCCGGGCGCUCCUGCCUCCCCAGAGUUUCAACUUUGACAUUGCCAGUCAAGGCGAGGGUGCUGCAUUCAGACAACAGAUAGCAGCUGUGCUACCAGAGGCGUCCAACGUUCGGAUGCUGCAAAUUGCUUCUGGGGUACCAUCGCUCUCCCUGACGGUCGGAAAGAUCCAACUGUGGCAGCAGAUCAAAAUUAGGUUCUUCACGGAACAUUUAACAAGAGAUUACAGACCCCUUUUUAUCCUCCGUGCUACUGUUGCUUUCACGGUGCAUCCAUCUGUCAUUGAUGGGAAAAUGAUACUCGCUCUUCAUAGCGUACGGAUUCAGAAUCUCCAGCUGGUGAAUUCGGACAGACACUUUGAUGUUCAGCGUAUGGCUAACUUAAUUGCCCAGCUGGUGUCCACCUCCCUUUUACCACACCAAAACAAGUCGCUGGCUGUGGGAAUCCCGUUGCCCUUGGUGCAAAACCUUGGCUUGAGAUCCCUGCAUGUUACUGUUGGCAAGGACGCUGUCAUGAUCGUUCCAUCCGGCGAGGUCCCUGUAAGUGCCUGAAUGAACUGAAACGGUGGCCCCAUUCAAAGAGGCAAAGCUGGUUCAAGCUAGAUGCUUUUGUUCCCUUCGUUGUUUCAAGACUUCUGAUUUAAUGCUCUAAACUCUGUAACAUUGGCAGACUGUGAUUCUUUUAUUCAAGGAACUCAGAGCGGAAACGGAUCCUUUUCAAAGUUCAUGUCUGUCAACGAGAGGAAUUGUGUCUUCUUUUAACAUUUCAUAAGGAUAAAAGGAAGAGUUGCUGGAUCUUUUGUGCUUUUGAAAAACCCAUAAGCCGAGAUUUAGCUACUGCCUUUGAAAAAAUCUGCCCAAGAUUUCAGAAAUUUGAAAGUGGCAUGUUCCAGGAAUUCUGUUACUCAAAGGCUGACCUUCAUGGCAGGGGUUCUUUUGUUAGUUUUUAAGACAUUCUGCUCACUUCUCUUACACUGCCAAUAAAUAUUCCCCUUUGCAAGA